AUGUCGACCGCUCCCAGCCUCGCACGGCGACACCUGCGCAACCUCGUCGGACGCACCCUCGUACCCCUCGCCUGUCCAUCCUGCUCCGCGUCCUCCCCCUCGUCCUCGUUCCACACCGCCUCGGCUCGACGCAGCGCCUGGCCCGCCGGUACAGCCGGAAGCGAAGACGCCGACCCGGACCAUGUCCACCAUGCCCGCACACGCCGCCAGCCUCGCCCUUCCACCUCGCAGCAGUCGCCGCCCUCGCUCCGCAACCGCGCCGGACCCGCAAUGGAAAACAUCCCCCCCUCGUCGUCAUCCUCUUCCCUCGCCGACCUCGCGGCCGCAUCCUCGGCAGCCGCUGCAGACGCAAAGGGCAAGGCCAGGCAGUCGUCGCCCUCGCCCUCGCCCUCGCCCUCCUCCUCGGCAUCCCGCCUGCCCCCGCCGCCGCGGAGAAAGACGAUUGCCUACCUCCAAAAGAUGAAGCACGAGGGCACCAAAGUCGCCUGCCUGACGGCCUACGACUACCCAACGGGCCUCUCGAUGCGCUACGCCGACGUCGACCUGUGCCUCGUGGGCGACUCGCUGGCCAACGUCGCCCUGGGCCACUCGACGACGCAGCCCCUCUCGCUCGACGCCAUCAUCCACCACGCCCAGGCCGUCCAGCGCGGCCUCAACUCGGCCAUCCUCCUCGCCCACGACGCCACCCCCGCCGCGCCCCUCGUGUUUGCCGACAUGCCCUUUGGCACCUUUGUCUCGUCCGACCAGAGCGCCGUCGACAACGUCGUCCGUCUCAUGCAGCAGACGGGCGUCGACGGCGUCAAGAUCGAGGGCGCAGAAGAGGUGCUUCCGCUCAUCCGGCGGCUCACGAGCUUCGGCAUCCCCGUCAUGGGCCACCUCGGCCUGCAGCCGCAGCGCGUCGGGGCCACGUCGGGCUACCGCGUCCAGGGCAAGUCGGCCCGCCAGGCCCACGACAUCUUCCGCGCCGCCCAGCAGCUCGAGCGCGCCGGCUGCUUUGCCAUUGUGCUCGAGUGCAUCCCCAACAAGCUGGCAAAGUACAUUAGCGACCACAUCGACGCCAUCACCAUCGGCAUCGGCGCCGGGAGCGGCACCGACGGGCAGGUGCUCGUCGUCAGCGACAUGAUGGGCGAACUCACCUCUCCCGCCCACAUCCUCGCCGGCCUCGCCGACGACGCCCAGACGCCCGCUGCUGCUGCGGCUGCUGCGGCUGCGACGACGUCCGCAGAGAUGCCCAACGAUGCGCCGCCGAUGCCGCUGCCGCACGCCGAUACGCCGAGCCCGCCCAAAUUCGUGCGCUCCUUUGUCAAGCCCUUCAGCCUGGGCGCCAUGCGCCUGGCGGCGGUGCAGGCUUACGUCGAUGCGGUGCGCGACCAGUCGUUCCCGGACGACGAUAGCGAGGGCUACAAGAUCAAGUCGGACGAGUGGAGAGCCUUCAUCGACCUCGUCGAGUCGUCGCCGGCGGAGUCGGAAGCAAGGUCGUCGCACGAUGCUUAG